GCUAAAAUACUCUAAAAUUAACUCGUGACUGUCAGAUGAGGUCAAGCGUCAUUCGGCAAGCUCGUCACGCUAUCUUCACCGACCUGAAUCUCGAAAAAACACAAAUGAGGUGCUUCUUCCAUACCGUUAUUUUACACCGCAGCCGUAUUUGCAGGAAGUAAUAGUCAAAAUGGCAGGUGGAAUUCUGGUUUGAAAAUGAGCAUCAGUACACAGCCGACAUGGACAGUUCUUCUCCCCCCCUCUAACAUCCACAAUUCUUUAUUUAUUUUUACCUCGGUUCGGCCCAUUGUUUGACGUCACUCGGUAGUAGUCGAAGCUCUUGCAAGCGUUUGCCAGUUGAGGCCGUGCAAAUGGAGACGCACUUGGCUGAGUCAGAGGAUGACCAUCCCUGUGACCCGCCUGCAUAUCUCACCUCGACAUCGAAACAAUAUAUAGAUGUAGUUUUUUUGUUCUUGUUUUAAAUCUUGUUUUCAACUCGUGGGGUCGUCAGUGUGGCACUAAAGUCGCAGGAGACGGAGAGAACAUAGUUUUACAAGUGUGACUCCCCAUCGGCAAAUGGAUCUGAAGAGAGUGCUGCCUUUCCCACCAUAUCCUGAGGAUUACCUGCAUCCAGUGGUGUAUGCCUGCACAGCUGUCAUGCUGCUGUGUCUGCUGGUCUCCAUCAUGACAUAUAUAGUCCAUUAUAGCGUGAUCCGCAUCAGCAGAAAUGGCUGGCACACACUUCUCAACUUUUUGUUUCACACGGGACUGACAUUUGGUGUGUUUGCUGGAGGCAUUAAUCAGAUCAACGUCCCUUUUCUGUGUCAAAUUGUUGGAAUUUUGCUCCAGUAUGCUUCUUUGUCUACAAUGCUUUGGCUGACAUUUACUGCCAGAAACAUCUGUAACGAUGUGUCCCAAUACCCACUUAAAGUCACGGGCUCAAAUGACCAAGUCCUGGCAGAAAGCAAAACAACAAUUUUCAGAUUCUAUCUCGUAAGCAAUGGGAUUCCUCUCAUAAUUGUUGGGAUUACAGCAGCCUUUGGAAUGGAAAACUAUGGGAGCAGGGAUGGCGCACUGUAUUGUUGGAUGGCAUGGGAACCAAGCCUGGGAGGAUUUUACGCCCCUGUGAGUCUUUUGGUCUUAGUCAUGUCUGUGUACUUCUUGUGCACUUAUAUCCAACUCAGACGCCAUCCUGAGAGGAAGUACGAACUCCGGCUUUUGAGUGAGGAACAGCAGCAUUUAUCAUCUGCAGACCACCCCGACAUCGGAGGGGCUUCCGGAUCUGCUGGGGAUUGCGCGGCAUUUAAUCCGUGUUUACCCGAGCUUUCCAACGAGCACUCGUUCAAAUCACAGCUAUGGACCACAGUUUUUACUCUGUUUCUGUUUCUGUCAACAUGGGCAUUGGGGGCAUUGGCGGUGUCUCUAGGACGAUUUCUGGAUAUGAUAUUCAGCUGUCUCUAUGGUGCAUUCUGUGUCACUCUUGGACUGUUUCUUCUCAUCCAGCACUGUGCUAAGCGUGAUGAUGUUUGGCACCGCUGGUGGGCUUGUUGCUCUGGCAAAUCCAAACUCGCAGAUGGAGAUGGGAACAGGAAAAGCCAUAGGCAAGAGCUCCAAUCACCACAGUGCCAACUCAACUCCUCAUGCUCAAAGCCACUACUCUCACCUGGACUCGUGCAAAGCUUGUACCCCAAAAAUGCAUCUCCUUCCCAAAAUCUCACUCCCAGUCACACAAGUUCUUGCUGCGUGGCAGCAAUGAUUCCAACUGUAGCUACUCCAGUCUCUCCUUUCAGUGAGUCGGUACCCUCACCGUGUCCUCUGGCCCUAUCUGAUGAGAUCCUUCAUCCUCCUGUGCCACUACAGAGUUGCCUUAUUGACAGAACCAAGUCACGCUCCUUCAAUCACCCACGCCCAUGUCUCCGGGACUACCGCUCUCACAUGGCGUCAAACAGUAUGGAUGGGAGCGUGACUUCCUCCCAACUUAAAAUCCCUCGCUCACCAGUGUCUAACAGCCCACCCCAAGACAUGCAACUUUCCUGCCCGAGCCCUCACUUGGAUCAGCAGCGGGCAUCCUGUAAUAGUUUACAACACCAAAAUUCUUGCCACAACAUACACGACUCACUCACUUCCAGUCCGAGCCUAGUUCUGCCUUUCCAUAGGUUAAAUUCUUGCCAAUGGCACUUAUACAGUUCAGCCGACCAUUUUUCUACCAUGAGCUGCUCUGGAAAAACAGAUUCCUGCAACUCGCAGUAUUCACAAGACCUUGAUACACCCAGCUACAUGUCAGAUGUACCAGACAAGGAAAAGGAAAAAAAAUGCGUUGAGGUGGAGUCACAGUGUUUUCCGAGAAAUACUUUGCCUCGGCGACACGCUACAAUUAACCGGAGAGUAACUAUUGGCAGAAACCGUAGCCUGCAGGAAGACAGUCUGUUUGUGUCAGACACUACAGGGAACAUACGGACUGGACCUUGGAAGAAUGAAACCACUGUAUAGAGUUCAUAUUCUUUCACCUGUAAUACCCUUUCAGAUGUCCUCUGAUUGCCUAAAGCUUUCUCUUUUACACUUUUUCUCAAUCGGUUGUUGGUACAUUUUUCGAAUCAACCUCACCAUUUGCAAAACAGUUUUCGCAUUUCUCAAAGUAGCAAAACACCAUGCAAAAUCCAGUUCUUGGCUCAAAAUCCUUAGUACAUCUGUCAUAGUUAAAUUCUCUGUCACUGAACAUGUCUGUGCUAUCAGAAUGAUGUCCUUGUGUCAUUGUGUUUGGGCAAGACAGUCAAAUUACUUAGUCUUGUUUACAAUAUAACAAUGUACUCUGGAGAGAUACUCUCAUUCAAAAAAAUGGCUCAGGUUUUGAUGACAGUUAAAGUGCCUGUGACACGAUAAAAAAAAAAAUCUUUAAAAGCAAUAUUAUGUGAAUUGAAAUCAUAUUUUGAGACGACUCGACUAUAUACAACAAUUUAGCAAAGCGCAGAUGAUGAGGAAUGCGUCUUUUAAUCUGCCGUUUAGCCCACCUGUCAAUAUAGCGCUCUAGCGCCUCCAGCUGGGUGAUGACGUCAGCAGAGUAACAAUUUCAUCUGAUUUAGAAUUCAGCCCACUGAGGGGGAAGAUUCAGAAUGAGUAAAAUGCAACAGAGAGAAGCAAAAUGUCAUCAUUUUUUUAAUCUCACAACUCUAAUAUUUUUACAGGAUAUUCUUUUCAUCGAAGUAUUUUUCCCCAAUUGCUAAAUAAAUUGUAUGGUCAUGACAAAUGAGAGUCUUGUGCUAAAUGGAAUAUGAAACAUUAGAAAUGCAUUUAUUGAGUACGACAGGGCUGAAUUUCUGCUUAAUGGUCAAAACUGCCUACUACUUAAACCUCCCGAACGGUAUUUUAUGCCACCAGAAUUAGUCCGGCUUUUGUCAUUUCACUGCCCCGGCUUCGGAGACGUAGGAAAGAGCGGAAACAAAACAGGAGAGAGAAGAGCUAGGCGACAUGCUUACCUGAACCGAGCGGCCAAGUCUGUUCCUCAACUUUCGAUAACGAAAAAUUACACAAAAUUCCCCUGACUCAUGUCACACACAGCGGCAGGGUUGAUUGUCUUCACCGAUCAUCCAGCCCCCGGCGGCAAAUAAGUUUUAGCUUAUUUUUCUGCUGCGGCCCCGGCAAGCAGGCACUGCUCGUCACUAGGACGCAGUAGGGAGUGAAUGCCGAAAAUGGCGCAUUCUUGUUGGACAAACCUGCCGACGUUGGACGAGUGGCUCCCUGAGCCUAAGCCGAGUAUAGCGGUCUAUGGGCGGGCAUGCGAAGAGGACCAAGGAGGGUGGAAGUCUGUGCACAAUCAAAAACCGGAGACGAGAGCGGCGAGCUCCCUGAGCCCAAGCUGAGGAUAGUGCUCUCUUGGCGGGCAGACGAAGAGGGUAGAGAGGGGUGGAAGUCUCUACACCAGAGGUCACCAACUUUGGUCCUUGAGGGCACCAAUCCAGUCUGUUUUCAAUGUCUCCCUACUCCAACACACCUGACUUAAAUAUUCAGGAGUAUUAUUCGGUUUCUAAAGAGCUUGCUGAUAAACAUGUAUUUGAUUUAGGUGUGCUAGAGGAGGGAGACAUGGAAAACAGACUGGAUAGGUGCGCUCAAGGACCGGAGUUCGUUACCCCUGCUCUACACAAUCGAGAACAGCAGACGAGAGCGCAUGACUGCCCGAGCACGGAUGCUCAUCGGUCGGCGACCAUGGUGUGCAAGAAGCCGCCAAUCGUCAGCCGAGUGGCCUUCUCGGUGGACAGAGAGCAUGGUUAAUCCGCUGACGUCACAUUCGCCUUCUUCCUCAAUCAAAGUCAGUGGCCUGAAAUCAUUUUCGUAGCGCGGGAUUCAAAAAAUUGAAUAAAUGUAUCGACACACCUUCCACACUCAUCCGAGCGGUCCAUUUCAUUCAGAAGCAUAAAAUACCGUGUGUAAUAUCAAAUAAACAUGCAUUUUUGUGUCAUAGGCACUUUAAUGGCAAUUAUAAGGAACACCUUGAGUGUGUGUGUGUGUGUGUGUGUUGGGGGGGGGUCAGAGUUAAAUUGAUUGCAAGAUACUGGACAAUAUUUACUUUAUAUUUUUACUGGUUAUAGAAGCGGUCCCCAACCUUUUUCUCAUCGGCAUUCCAAUUUUUCUUAUGGACUAGCGGGGUGCCAAAGACGGAUGGGUGGGGUCUGCAAAAGAUAGUCCAGGAAACAAGAUCAAAUACAUACAGCACAAACGCAUACAGUGAUUGUAAUUGUCAACAUGGGUAAACCUCAACCAUGAGAGACAGAAUGUGGGAAAAAACCAGAAAAUAACAUUGUUGGAUUUUUAAAGAAUUUAUUUGCAAAUCAUGGUGGAAAAUAAGUGUUUGGUCAAUACCAAAAGUUCAUCUCAAUACUUUGUUAUGUACCCUUUGUUGGCAAUAACUGAGGCCAAACAUUUUCUGUAACUCUUCACAAGCUUUUCACACACUGUUACUGGUAUUUUGGCCCAUUCCUCCAUGCAGAUCUCCUCUAGAGCAGUGAUGUUUUGGGGCGGUCGUUGGGCAACACGGACUUUCAACUCCUUCCACAGAUUUUCUAUGGGGUUGAGAUCUGGAGACUGGCUAGGCCACUAUCAGUGGUCUUGUAUGUCUUCCAUUUUCUAAUAAUUGCUCCCACAGUUGAUUUCUUUACACCAAGCGUUUUACCUAUUGCAGAUUCAGUCUUCCCAGCCUGGUGCAGGUCUACAAUUUUGUCUCUGGUGCCCUUUGACAGCUCUUUGGUCUUGGCCAUAGUGGAGUUUGGAGUGUGUCUGACUGAGGUUGUGGACAGGUGUCUUUUAUACCGAUAAUGAGUUAAAACAGGUGCCAUUAUUGCAGGUAACGAGUGGAGCCUCGUUAGACCUCGUUAGAAGAAGUUAGACGUCUUUGACAGCCAGAAAUCUUGCUUGUUUGUAGGUGACCAAAUACUUAUUUUCCACUCUAAUUUGGAAAUAAAUUCUUUAAAAAUCAAACAAUGUGAUUUUCUGUUUUUUUCCACAUUCUGUCUCCCAUGAUUGAGGUUUACCCAUGUUGACAAUUACAGGCCUCUAAUCUUUUCAAGUAGGUGAACUUGCACAAUUGGUGGUUGACUAAAUACUUAUUUGCCCCACUGUAUAUUUUUCAUUUGCGCAUGAAAGUACUGACCUUUAUUGUUGCAAGUAGGAGGGCGAGAUUGAAACGGCUAUACUAGUACUCGGCGAGGACUUGGUUCGAGCGCCAAAUUUCGAGUAUCCCAAAACUGGCAAAACGGCCGCUCCCACAUACAAAAUGAAUGGGUUUCCGUGUUGCAAGCUGGGCACUGUUGUUGCUCAUCUAAAUAGGCCCUUAUUACUGAUGCACACAAGGCACCAUUGUUGUUCCGAUGGCUCCCGAGAGUCUGUUUAUCGCACACCGUUUGAACUGAUAUGAAAGGAUAGAGAGUAUCUAAAAUGUACUCACAGUCUGCCGCCAUAUUUGUUGUAUGAAGAGCGCAUGUGGAGUGAGUGCGUAGGUGCAGCGGUUUUGACAGAUUGGACAGGUUCCCGCUGAAAUUGGCGGGGUAUAUUUACGGUGUGAUUACGGUGGAGACUGUUCUGAUCUGGCAACUCUGAGGUCCAGCACGCCGUUGGAUUGUGAUCUCUGUACUUGAUUGUCGUUUGUGUACACAUGAUUUAAAACGGAAAUAUUAUUUCUCUUGCGGAGCGGUGCCAAGUGGCUCAUCUGUGGAUGGGGACCGCUGGUUUAUACUACUUACUCACAGACAUUGCAAUACAGAAAUGAAAAAGACGGCACUGUGCAGCACAAAGAAAAUAAUAGUAUUUUUAAAAAAAACUGAAGUAGAAAUGUGUGUAAAAAUAUUCCCCCAACAUCUGACUGGAACCUUCUCCCAGCCUCACCCAUUGCAAUCCCAUGAUUGAGAAAAUGGUCUACAUGUGUUGCGUUUAUCUCAUCAGGGAUUUCCCUUCUGCCUUGCCUCCCAACUCCUUCGUCAAACACCCUCACUCCUCUUCAUCUUCUCUGGCUGUUCACCUUGUCCAAUUUCUUGUCCUUCCAUUGUCUAUAAUUUUAAGGUUGUGUUGAGAAACUUACCACUUCAGGACAGAGUUAGAAAAUAGUCAUGAAAAUGUCAAGAAAUAUGCUGGACAACAUGUUCAGCUGUUCUGCAUGUAAAGACUUAUGCAAUGAACCAGUGUUGUUUUUGGCAGCCCACUUAAUUUCUGUUUUUGUCUUAGUCUUUUGGACGAAAAUACUUAUUAGUCUUAGUCAUAUUUUACUCAUUAAAAAUGUUUUUGUCCUCAUCUAGUUUAAGUCGACAAAAUCUCAUACAGAUUCCUCUAGUUUUUGUCAACAGUUACUCAAAAUGUUUUGUUUCGAAAGUUUUAGUCCAAAAAUAAAUAAAGGUUUCCAACAAUUUCGAAUGAACAUAGACAGAUGAGCGCAUAUUGUAGUCUACAAGGACAACACCAACUUUGUGAUGAAAAUACACACUCAGCAGGAAAAGUAGCAUAUCAUUUUCGAUUAAACCUACCUGAAAGCCACGAACUGUGUGUAAAAAAAAAAAAAGUUGUCCGAGUGUUUAACAUCCCCUAAACUUACUGACCAGAAAAGCCAAGUGGCCCUGCUUUAGUCUGGCCUAUGUUUUAAGAAGACGUUCGCCAUUCUGAAGCUAAAUGCUAACGCGAAUGCUACCCUAAGGCUAGGAGUUACAUUUAGUGUCUGAUGAUCACUCAUCAGACCUUUAAAGGCUAAAGCAACAUUGCAAAUUCUACCCUGCCAAGAUAAAAGCCUAGAAGCCUAGCUUGAGAUUCAUCCUAAACUCUGGUGAGGAGGGAGAAUCGCUGCACAUCUUUCAUGAGUGACACGACCCAAACACUGCUAUGAUGCAAAGUACAAUAUUGUAAUGUCACACAUUGCUACGAUACGACAGAAACGAUGUCCCAUUUUCGUCUCGUUGUCGUCUCGUCAGAUGAAAACUGGCAUUUGUUUCGUUAUUUUCUAGUCUCCGAGUCGAGUUUUUAGCUUGUCAUCGUCAUGAAAAAAUUGUUCGUCCACAAAAUAUUUCUGUUAUCAUCAUUGUUGACGCAACACUGCAAUGAACUAAUGCCUAAAUAUCAUGUGGGGUGAGAAUAUCCACUAGAGACUCGUGAUACAAUACAUUUUGAGCAAUGUGACAUAAGCAUCCUACACUAAAAGCAUUUGCAUGGAUGUACCAAUGCAUUUGAAGCUAUUUCAAAGAAACUGCUUUGAAAAUGUGGUGAAGGCUGAAUGAGUACUUUUGAAAAUCUCAGUUCUGAUCUGAGAAAUGUACCCAAGUGACUGAGAAAAACUGUAAUGACACAUUAUUAUUGGGAAACUUUAAGAUCUUUUAUGAAAUAUUUAGAACUGGACAGGAAAAUAAUUCUGUCGUCUUUGUGUAACAAGCUGUAAAUCAGUAUGAGUUAAAAAAAAAAAAUCUUAAAUACACAGUUUAUCUUAAAGUGGUCUGUCUAAAAAUGUGUCAUUAUAUAUGCUGUACAUUCUUUCAUUCUUUAAGUACCUAAAAAUGCUUGUAAAAACAAAGCUCGCCCCCCAUGCCCCGUAACUCCCCCCCCCCCCUCCCCCCCCCCCGCCACAAGACCAUGGGUCAAAUUAUACAUAUGGAUGGAUUUUUUUUCACAUUUUUAUUUUUACUUCCACCUUCAGAUUUGUAAAAGAAAAUGUUAUUUGAAUUUAGAAUGUUAACGUUUUCCAGGCCUACAAGUUACAAAAUCACUUAUAAUUAGGGGCGGGAGUGUGGCAUUCAUCUGUUGAACUGACAUCCUUUGCACUAGCAUCCUUGUAAUAUCUUGUCCCCGCUGAAGUUGAUGAUAGGAUUGGUGGAGCACUGUGCCUACAGCUGCUUCAUUGUUAGAUUGUGUGUUAUAAAGUAACAGUAGGUCUCAAAUUCACUGUAUGUAUUUACAAUUGCAAGUUUUACAUGUAUUCUAACAAAUCUGUUUCCCACCCUUGACAAUCUUCCAGUAGCCCUCGUCAGGCCUUUCUCUCCUGCUCAAGUGUCCAACCUGGCAUACAUGUGCUUCUAGUUAGGCCUUUGGCACAUUCACUUUGGCUCUAUAUUGAAUAUCAGUGUAUUCUCCUCUCAUCUGUUCUCCUAAAGGGUGUCCUACCUCUUCCUUGUCUGGUUUCCUGUACUGUGAAUUCCACCACCAAGUCUACUUCUCCCAGAGGAGUUUCUCUGGUCACCCAGUAUUCUUGGACCCUCUCCAGUCCACCAAUAGCCUGUUUCCACCUUUUGUUGAAAAGUGGCAUGGAACUCUUCCUUUCUCGAACUUCCUCCACAUGGUUAUCUACUGUGUCUUUGUCUUCAUUUAAAGGCUGUUUCACACUAGCGGCAGCCCAGUGUGAAAAGCGGUAAGCGCAAAAUGGGAGGAGCCACGUAGACGCUGUAGGGAAGCGAAACUGUGGACUCCAGCAAACAUAUUUACCAUCAGUGUUGUUUUCGUCAAUGAGGAUGGUAACGAAAAUAUUUCAUUAACGAACACUUUUUCAUGACAAUGACGAGACAAUAACGAGCUAAAAACCUGUAUUGGGAGACUAAAACGUAACCAGUCAAACGCCAGUUUACGUCUGACGAGACAGGAACUAGACGAACAUGUGCAAAUAAUUUUCGUCACAUGUUCACAAUAUGUGACAUUGUAUGUGUCAUCAGCCUGCAUCGUAGCAGUGUCUGGUUGUGUCACUCAUGUGAUGUGCUGUGACCUCUGCAACUCACCAGUUCAAUUAAUUCCUCUCCUCUCCACUCUCAAGGCUUCCACAUAAGCAAACACAGUAAGAUUUGUUUUCUAUCUUGGACAGAGAGAAUAUGCAGUGUUGCUUUAGUCUUUAAAAGUCUGUGCUGAAUGAUCACACACUAAUUGUCACUUGUAACGUAAGCUUAGUAUUCGCGUUGGAUUUGGCAUGAGGCUAAUCCUAACGGCGAGCGUCCUCAUACUUUUAUACAAUUUUUUUUUACAUACAAUUUGUGGCGUCCAGGUGGGUAUAAUUAUUGAAAAUAAUAUACUGUUUUCCUGCUGAAUGUGUAUCAUCAACAAUUUAUUGUAUGUGGGAGUUUGUUUGUUUGUUUGUUUGUUUGUUUGUUUGUUUGUUUUUUACAGAUGUAAACAUUCUUAGUAAAGGUCGACUCAAAAGUAGACGAAAUUAGGCUUUAGUUUUUGUCAACAAAAACUAGAUAAAGACUAAACUACAACUAAGACUAAUAAGUAUUAUCAUCCAAAAGACUGCCAAAAACAACACUGGCUGUGAAAAUUAAACAAGUUUCUAUUUGGGGCCCCGCCCCUCAGCGAAAAUUCACUCAAGACUUGCCGCGCUGUCCAAAACGGCCACCACCGCUUAAUUUCGCUAAGAAGCUCCCUCCCACAUACACAAUGAAUGGGUCGCACCGCAUCCUUUCACAGCGGGCCGCUCAUGUGAAACUGCCUUUACACACCUGUAACUGAGGCUUUCUAGAUACACUCUCACCUACUCUACCUUACAGUCAGUGAAUCCUUUCAGAUGAUGUAUGCACAAAAGUAAAUCAACUACCACUAGUAUUGUAGGUCACCAAAUGUUCCUGCCUUAUCUGGAAGAAAGUGUGCAUCUGCCCCUUCAAUUCCUUUCCUGCUUGCUAGACAUUUAUUCACUUCAUCAUCACCUUUAUUUCCUUCCUCAUUGUGCGCAUUCCUAUUUGCAGCAGUCCAUUUUUCCACGAAUGCUCCAACUACCUCCAUCCACAAUUUCUCUUCCUCCUCCAGUUCGCAUGACCCUACCUGUGGGGCAUGCGAACUGGCAAGUGUUACCCUUAUCAUUUGAUCUAACUAAGGGCGUAGGUUUGCAUAGGGACGUAACACUAGCAACUUUUUAGGAUGCUCAAAUUGUCUCCACCAACUUUUAAGCAACCUUAUUUGCAUUAUAGAAUGACUACAGUUGCAUAAGUAAUUUAGAUUUUUUUUCCCCACAUGUAAGGAUAGAAUAGACCCUACCAUUAUUAAGUGAAUUAUUUUCAUUAUGUUCAGACUUACAUUGAUCCCUUUUCACUUGCUGAAUGUGCCGGUCCAUUUUUUCCCCCUCAAACGCACAAUUGAUUGGCUGAUGACUUGAAGUUAGUAUAAGUCAGUACAGAUUUCCUUGCAUGGAUCAUUUAGCCAACAAUUAUUUAGGCUCAUUUUACGAGAAAUGUAGCCCUGCCCCCGUUCAAUAAUCUGUUUGGUCUUACAUAGACUUCAUAAUGUAUUAAUGGGCCAAUGAAUAGGUCAAGCUCAAAGCUGACCGAGUGGAAUCACUGACAAAGAGCUUUUUUCGUUGAAAAUUCUUGUGAAUAAAUGCUUAAAAUCUCUGAAUUCUUUAUAGAUAUUGACAUAAAACAGUCUCAGAUCUUGGUUAAAAGAAAAAAAAAACGUGCAGUUAGCAUGUGUUUUACGUAAAUAUUAAGGGUGUAACGCUACAUGUAUUUGUAUUGAACCGUUUCGUUUCGGGGUCCUCGGUUCGGAACGGUGGCGUACCGAACGGGUUUCUAAUGUAAUGUAACCCUUACUUUUCGAGGAUGUGAGUGGAUUGGGUUACAGCUUCUUUGUGUAGAUUAUAUUUACUCCGUCUUCUCUACUAUAAUGAGGACCAACACGGUAGGACAGUAUAAGAAACGUCAACGGCGUGACAACGUGGCCGCCACGAGAACACAGUGAAACGCGGGCGUUAAAGUCAAUCAGCCAAUGCACACCAGUUGCAGUGCGGCCGCGUGUCAGAAGCGGCUCAACACGAUGUACAAGAAAAUAACGGCAGUUUAUUAUUUGACGUGAGAUGCGGCCCUCCUGCGUCAAUACAUACUACUAGCUAGUAUCGGGCAGACGAGAAGUCACUCGUGUAAAAACACGGUGGAUCCGGUCGAUUUUCAAACUAAUAUGCAAUCGUCACUCACUUUUUGAGUCCAUCAGAUCUCUUGAGUGGUAGAUCGGGGCACAGUUGACCUGGCUUUGUUGAUUCACUGCUGUCUUCUCUGCAAUAAUAAUAACCAACACGGCCCUGUGUUCAAUACAAAACCCUCCGACCACAACAAAAUAAGUAGGAACUAAUAUUCACAUUGGAACUAAAGUUAUACAACAUAAAAUAUACUAUAUCAAUGAAUACUACAUCACAUUUGUAAAAUAUAAACACAUAAUAAAAUAAAUAAUAGCCCAUUUAAAUAAAAUAAAUUGAAAUGAGCUAAAACACCUGUAAUUAAAUAAUAAGAUCCUGCUUACACAAUUAAAUUUAUUAAUUCAUGUGUGUUGCUUUGAGAAAAUCCACCAAUAAAGCUUUUGAAAACCGUUCAUUAAAAAAAAAAAAAAAAUCAUUGAGGCAUUUCAUUUGUAAAAUACAUGUUAAAAUCUUUGUCAUUGGGAUUGCUUUUCUCUUUAGCACAGGACUUCUUUUUUCUUCUUUCUUUCAGAAACAAAGCUAACCAAUAUGCGGUGUCUGAAAGGCAAAUUGUUGUUGGAUUAUUAUCUUUAAAUACCCGCUACUUUUUGAGCAGAAUUCUAGCUUUGUAUAGGCUAAUGUUCCUAUUGUUGAAAGCACAAAAAUUUGUAAUAAACAACUAGCACAUUUAUAUUUUGCAUUUUGUUUUCUUACUGUACCGAAAAUGAACCGAACCGUGACCUCAAAGCCGAGGUACGUACCGAACCGAGAUUUUUGUGUACCGUUACACCCCUAGUAAAUAUGUCGAAGUACGAUGCUAGUCUGCUACUCAAUGAGGCGGCCGCCAUAUGUAAACAGAGCUUUUCCAGUGAAAAUUCUUGUGAAUAAAUACUUAAAUCCCUGAAUUCUUUAUAAAUAUGGACGUAAAACAGUCUGGACUCUUGGUUAAAAGCAAAAAAAAAAACGUGCAGUUAGUAUUUAUUUUAUGUAACUAUGUUGAAGAAUUAUCCGGGUACCCGCGGGUUAUUAAAAGUAUUAAAAAAGCAUUGGAUUUAGUUUUCCAUUUUUAAAGGUAUUAAAAGUAUUAAAUUAGCUGUUGUAAGUCUGGAAUUUUUUCACCGUGGUCUUAAUUUUCAAGAACAUCUCAGUGCAACCUAAAUUAUAUCCGUGACAAAGUGGGUUUUUUUUUCAAUCCAUAACGAAGAUGACGCAUAGAAUUUUUACGAUGCACUGCACUACAAAUCGAAAUGCAACUCGUGCGUGCCAAACCACCACAACCGGCAAAACGGAGAAUCCACCCACCUCUGCAUCGGGAAUGCGUCCGUUUGUCGGUGGAACGAAAACCCUGCAGGCAAAACUAUUUUGGAUUCUGAACACCAAAACAGACCACCAUUCAUAUACUUCAAAUGAGUCCAUUGGUGAUCUGUUUCGGAUAAUACGUCAUUUUUGGUCGGCAUCGGCUGUCACAACGUUGGUCAUAUUGCGUUUUGUUCCAGAGGGAGCGUUCCCGAUGUCUUAACUGUCUUUUGUAACGAAUUUUCAGUUGGCAGAAAAAAACGCACAUUUUCUUAAUGUUUAAAUAGUCUACAUAUUUUUAUGACCAUUAUAAAUGCAUUUAGACAAUGAAAUAUCCCUGGAAAAGUUUGUUAAACAUAAUGUUGCUCAAAUCGUGUUUUUUUUUCCGGAGGGAGCAUUCCCGACUUCGUAUCUGCAGCCAAUUUAAGCUCAUCAAGACAUUAAGAUGGAGGUAAAAUCGGGCCCAAAAAGUCCAGCCCGACCCGAACCGGUCCGCGGGUAUUAAAGCCCAACCCGCGUUUUGUGUGAUAACAUUUGUGACGAUGUCUGCAUAAAAGCCUGUCUUUAUAACGAAUUCUCAGUUGGCAGAAAAAAACCCCCGCACAUUUUCUUAAUGUUUAAAUAGACUACAUAUUUUUAUGAUCAUUAUAAAUUUAUUUACACAUCGAAAUAACACUGGAAAAGUUUGUUAAAUACAAUUAAACAGAUGCGGUUUUGCGGACUCGCAGAGGGGAAGAUUAAAAAGGGCGUAUAGGCACGCUCUGGCUCUGCAAUGACAAUACAGUGCCUGCUUUUUUUUUAAUCCAAAUCAUUUAUUUUAUAACAAGUAUUCCUUUGUUUAUCAUUCAUACAUCGUUAAUAUAUAGUUAUUUAAAAAAGUUAGCGAGAAAGAACCCUGGCCCGGCCCGACGUAAUAAUUGACAUUUUAAUUUUGGUCAUGUUUUCAGUUUAAUUUAGCUUUUUCCGGCUUGCUAUGUUUAGAAUUGCGAUGUUUGUUUACCGCUUUUCCUCUUACUGCGAAGAGGGAGGAAGUUACAUCGGCCGCCGCUAUGAUAUUUAAGUCAUCAGCCAUCUGCUGUGACCCGCGAAUUUAACGCCUGCUUUCACGCACACCUCCUCUUUUUGUUCAUAAUUAUUGUGUGCGUGUGUGUGUUUAAAAAAAUUCUGACAGACUUUAUAAUUUUACUAUAAAUGUGUUUUAAUUGUAUCUUCAAUAUAUGUGCAUUCUUUUGUCAAACACACUUAGUAAUUGAGGUAAAAUUUGAUGUUCAGUGCUUUAUUUAUUUGAUAUGAUUCAAUAUGAUCUAAAUAAUGGGUGCGAGAAAAGUAUUAAUUUUCAGUUGCAAUGGCAUUAAAAAAGGUCUUAAAAGUCUUGAAUUUAGAUUUAUCAAUCCUGGGGGGACCCUGAUUAUGCUAGUCUCUUAGCUCUUUGUUGUGAUAAGGGGGCAACCACAAUGGCUUUUUCCGUUGAAAAUUCUUGUGAAUAAAUGCUUAAAUCCCUGAAUUCUUUACAGAUAUGGACUUAAAACAGUCUCGAUUCUUUGUUAAAAGAAAAAAAAAAAACAAGCGGGUAGCAUUUAUUUUACGUAAAUAUUGCGAACUAUGAAGCUAGUCUAAGGAAAUUAACAGCCGCCAUAUGUAAACAAAGAGCUUUUUCCGUUGAAAACGCUUGUGAAUAAAUGCUUAAAUCCCUGAAUUCUUUAUAGAUAUGGACGUAAAAGAGUCUCGAUUCUUGGUUAAAAGCAAAAAAAAAACGGGCAGUUUGCAUUUACUUCACGUAAAUAUGUCGACGAAUGAUACUAGUUCGUAACGGUUAAUUUCGCCCAUUGAUUUUUUUCAAAAUGCAUGCAUGGUAGGAAAAAUAUAAUAACUACCCUGAAUCAUCAAACAAAUCACUCCUGAGACAAUCCUUCCUGUUUGUAUGCGGUACAGCUUUCACACUUUUUCAAUCCUAAAUCAGGUGUCUGAUCAAUGCAUGUGUUGACUCUGCGACCAACUGCGCUGAACUGAAGCGGACUGUAGGGCGGCCCCCAACUUAAAGGCGUUGCACAGUGAAGGUGGAAUCUGACCUGUCAAUCAUUAUGAAGUCUAUGGGUCUUAUUAAUGUCCGGUCCCCAGCAAAAAGUGUAUAUGCAAGUUAUGCUGUUAUAUCGUCCCUACCAGGCCCGGAGUGGCUAAUCGGGAGGAAAUCCCAGUUAGCCAGGCCGGCCAGGAAGGCUGGUUCGGGUUUUACACAUUUUUAUUCCUUUUAUAAUUUUUUUUGUUUGGUAUUUAUUCGUGACAGUGAGUAUUACUUACAUGCUGUUAUCGGUGUCCCUGUGAGCUGUCUUUAAAAUUUUUUUAAAUAAAAAUAAAUCUUGUUUUAUACAUAAGGAAUAUAUUUUUUUUUUCAGACGCAUCCUGACAGGUGCAGGCGAAUCGGAGUCUGUAUUGAGCCAAAUUAGCUACUAGCUCAGUGCUGGGAUCAUGGAUAAAAAGAGCAAGGGUGAAGACGAAAAAAUACAUUUUAAAAAGAGAAAAGCACUCGUAAAAGAAUCUGAAAAAUGUGAAAAAAUAGCAAUUUUUUUAACGCAAUGAGCUCAUGGCUUCAAACGACAGAGGAUUACAAAAAAAGUGGUAAGGCAAGAUGGCGAAUAAAAUGCAACUUGCACAGUGUGAUAUAACAAUAAACUUUGGCUUGUAACAACUUACAAGGGAGAUGCAGCAGCAAACACUAACCGUGAUGAGUACACCCCACCACAGGUGCAGAGCAAGCAGGUAGGAUUGCCAUGUUCAGUGAGUGAAUGUUAGAAUUAAUAUUAUCAAUUGUGUUGUGUCUUUAAAGUGCCAUACAAUUGACUUGAAUUGAUCAGAAUGCUUUGUAAAAGAAAAAAGGGGGGAGAGGGUCUUCUAUUACGUUUCUUUUACAUCUAUCUGUGUGUUUAGGGAAAAAGCUGUAUGAAUGAAAUUUGUUAAUAAGUCCUGCUUUAUCAAACCUCACCUUUACUUGUAGCUCAAUUGAAAUGUGGUGUCAACAUGGUAUUUGUAUUCCGGCGUGUUUUGUGCAGUUGUGUUGAAUGCAUGUUAGUUUGUUACAGUUUCACAAACUUAAAUGAAUUACUUCAUAUAAAAGCAAAAAAAAGACCAAGCCUUGUGUUUUAUUGGAGGACAUUCAAUCUUAGCUAGCGUUCAGACAUUACAGAAGGAAACACUGUUUUGGGGAGUACACUUAUACAUUUUUGUAUUUUUUUGAGAGGGAAAAAGUAACAAAAUAAUCCAGGAACUUUGGUUCACAUAAUUUUUUUUUCCCGGUAUCAGAUCGGGACAUCCCUGUUUUAAAUGAUAUAAAGUGGGCCGGUCUGAGGCAUGAAAUUCCCUGGCUGAAAAUGAAUCUCACUCUGGCCCUGGUCCCUAUCAAUGAUGAGACCAAACCUACGCCCUUAGAGCUAACAUUCUGUUUACCACCAACGCAGCUUUUAAAAGAAUGCCUAUUCAAUUUCUCUUGCCAUGACCACUAUCAUAAAUAAUAUAAAUCCUUCUCCUGAGCUUCUAAACUUUCCACCUGCUGUCCUGCAUACACAGUAAAUCUUUCCCAGACCAUAGUAUGAACCAAUUCCCUAGCUUUUGCUGUAACAGUCCUUACAUUCAAAUUCACCAAUUUCAGAUCUCUGUGCUAUCCUUUCCUCAUCUCUUAUUGUCAGAAAAUCCAUUGUCCACCUUUCAUUCACCUUUGAUCCACAGUCGCUAAAUUUCCAUCAAUCCUCUAUAGGUCAUUAGCGCCGGUGGCGGACAUUGUGAUGUCCGAUCCAAGAUGGAAUUUGUUGGAUGCACGCUAGCUAGCUUUUUUGGAUGCCCUUCCUUCUACAACACUAUGCAUUUAUCCAGGCUUGGGACUAGCCUAUAGUUGUAACUGGCACGUGCCCCCAUGGGGCUGUAUUAGUAUUUACAAAUAAAUAUUUAAGACAUCUUACAAUGUGACUUCCUGGAUUUGUUUUCUUCAUUCUACUUUUCACAUUUGGAGGCCACCUUUAAAGAAAAUUACAGACUUCUGUCAACAUUUUAAGUAGGAGAACUUGCACUACUGGUGGGUGGCUUUUAAUAUGUAUAUAUAUAUAGCAGAAAAUGCUCAGGUGACUUGAAGUUCCGCU